ACAAGAGAGUGUGUUGUGGUAUGAUUCAGGCCUAAUUAAGUGGUUGCGUCUGGCCUGGGCUAUAAACCAAUAGCUGCUCCUACCGGUAAUCCAGUCAGUAGGCCACUCAAGGGUUCGCCACGGACAGAAGGGAGACUGCAGGAGGCUGUUCAUUGCUGGUUUUGCCUCCACUAUGGCAAAAAUUAUCUUCAGGCACAUCAUCGAGACUCCAGUGCGUUACCAAGAGGAGUUUGAAGCUCGGGGUCUGGAAGACUGCAGGCUGGAUCAUGCUUUAUAUGCACUGCCCGGGCCAACCAUUGUGGACCUGAGAAAAAGCAAGGUGACACAGUCUCCUCUGGUGGACUCAGAGGCAGAGAUGCCACCCCGAGAAGACAAAUCCCGCUUUCAGAUCCUGCUGGAUGUGGUCCAGUUCCUGCCCGAGGAUAUCAUCAUCCAGACCUUCGAAGGCUGGCUGUUGGUGAAGGCACAACAUGGAACCAGAAUGGAUGAGCACGGUUUUAUCUCAAGAAGCUUCACCCGACAGUACAAACUGCCAGAUGGCGUGGAGACCAAAGAUCUGUCUGCCAUCCUCUGUCAUGAUGGAAUUUUGGUGGUGGAAGUCAAGGAUCCAGUUGGAACUAAGUGAAACCGUAUCGGUUCCUGUUCAUUUGACACGAGGAAGAUUAAGUUCAGUCGUUGGUACCUGGGGAAUGUUUGUAUUACGCAUGUUUGAAACAAUUUACUUAUGAUUUUUAUGAAGAUUAAAAGCACAUACAUAGUU